CUGUGUACGAUCGAAUGCGAGCAGACCAGAAAAAAUUUGGUAAGGCAGCAUGGGCAGCAGCAGUGGAACGCAUGGAGAAGCUUCAGUAUGCAGUUUCUAAGGAGACACUGCAGUUGAUGCGCGCUAAAGAAAUCUGUUUGGAGCAGAAGAAACAUGCACUGAAAGAGGAGAUGCAGAGCCUGAAAGGUGGUACAGAAGCCAUAGCCCAUUUGGACCAGUUAGAAGCUGAUUAUUAUGAUCUGCAGCUUCAAUUAUAUGAAGUGCAGUUUGAGAUCUUGAAAUGUGAAGAGCUUCUGCUGACAGCACAACUUGAAAGCAUCAGAAGACUGAUGUCAGAGAAGAGAGAUGAAGUGGUAUAUUAUGACACUUACGAAAGUAUGGAAGCCAUGCUUGAAAAAGAGGAUAUGGCAACAUCUAUACACUUGCAGAAAGAGGAGCUGCAAAAGUUACAACAAAAAAUCCGCCAGCUGGAAGCAAGGCGUGGACGUAUUUCAGCCAAGAAAGCCUACCUCAGAAAUAAGAAGGAAAUCUGCAUCGCAAAGCAUAAUGAAAAGAUCCAGCAGCAUCACCAGAGUGAGGAGGAAUACAAAAUGCACCAUACUAUUCAGCUAAAGCGAGAUCAAUUACAAGAUGAAGAAGAAAGAAAGAGCUCCUGGGUUAGUCAGGAACGACAGAAAACACUGGACAGACUUCGCACGUUUAAACAGCGGUACCCUGGGCAAGUAAUACUUAAAUCAACCAGACUACGGCUGGCUCAUGCAAGAAGAAAAUGUGCAGCCAGCUCAAUGUCCUGUGUUGAUCAGCCUCAAUCUUUGCCAGCAACCAUACAAAUCCAAGAGAAGAGUGAAGAGGUGGAAUUGGAAAAUGCAGUUCAGCCUUUGCACGUGCAGGAAUCCACAAGCUUGGAACAACUUCAGGAUAUCUCGUUACCUCCCAAUGGUAUUACCUCUGAACUGCUUCAUGUUAGUACUUCUCCAAUCACCAGUAAUGAGCUUCAACCAGAGACUAUUACUGUAGUACCGCUUCCACCCCCUUUGCCUCCACCACCUCCACCUCCGCCUCCACCUUUGCCCUCCAAGGAAGAUGCCACCAAAUCCUUAGAGAAGAGCGACAGCUUUGUUAAACGUCAGAGUGAGGAGAAAGGAGUCCAGCACUCUUCUGGUGUCCCACCAGCACAUCUCUUUGACAGCAGUCAGCUAGUCAGUGCCAAGAAGAAGCUUAAGAAGACUGGUGAUCUAGAGGGUUUACAGAGGAGGAGAGUGAGUUCCCCAAUGGAUGAAGUACUGGCUUCCUUGAAACGUGGCAGCUUUCACUUAAGAAAAGUUGAGCAGAGAAGUCUCCCUCCUUUUCCUGAUGAAGAUGAUAGCAAUAACAUCUUGGCACAGAUCAGGAAAGGGGUGAAACUGAAGAAAGUGCAGAAAGAUGUUUUGAGAGAAUCCUUUACAAUUCUGCCUGAUACUGAUCCUCUGACAAGGAGCAUCCAUGAAGCAUUGCGACGAAUUAAGGAAGCAUCACCUGAAUCAGAGGAUGAAGAGGAGAGUUUGCCUUGCACAGACUGGGAAAAUUAA